ACAUUUUACCUCCUGUUUUCAGAAGCUGGGAUAGAUGGUCUUGAACUCACCAAACAAUGGUUAACUAGAAGUUUUGAGAAGUUGAGGCCAGGGGGAGUUACUCCUAGAGAGGGAGCCACACAGGCCAAUAUGGCUACACCUGCAGCCAUCUUGAAUGGGGCUUAUAUGGAAUUGUUGCAGUGGGACACAAGCAAAAUUUUUCCAGAGACACUUGUUUUAGACCAGAGCAGAUUCCUUGAUCUAAGAGAGCAGACUCAGCACUUGACAUUGGUUACAUCUGUCCUACUUGUUACAUACAACACAGUAGGUCAGUCAAUAGCUGGUGUACAGUCACUGAAAGUCAAGCUGAAAGAGGAAAUAUGCACUCUGUUGGAGGGGGUAGAAGAUGGCAACCUGGAGUCAGUUCUAGAGAAUAUAAGCGAGCAGGUCAACAAGAAUGUAGAAGUGUUCCUGAAGGAGCAUGGAUUUCCAGCCCAUGAUGAAACCCAGCAGAAAACUCUCAAGGGCCAAAUAACAACACUUAAAGAGAAAGAUAACCAAAUUAUUACGUUGAUGUCAAAACGUGUUCUAGACUUCAUACAGCAAGCACUGUUCUCCAAGUUAACAGAACCAUUGAAAGUACCCGCAGGAACGUCCGUGAUGGAGAAGGAACUGUCUCAGAUUUGUGGACAAUUUCUAAGACUUAUAUCACACAAUAGAUCAGUGUUCGGGCAGUAUUAUGCUAAUAUUAUAGGAACGCUGUUAAAACGCUUGCAGGAAGAUUUGUCUCCAGCAGACGCUGUGUCCUAGUUCAGGAGACUUCAUGAUUGUUGUGACAGUAUUUAUUCCUUUCUGUGUGGUUAUUCCCCUGCAUUAGUCCAGUGGACCAAAACCAUUUUUUCCAUAUUUGUAAACAUGCUUCUCGAUAUAGUACAUGUUCAUCUUUUGAACAGAGGUUUAAUUUAUUAUGUAGAAACUGAAAAAUUUUAAGUCUCUGUCACAUAUUUUAAUAUCAUUCCAACAAAAUCUGAAUUUUCAGUAAGUUAAAUAACUGUGUAAGGCAUGGACCAGUUAGAGACCAUGAUGGUCAUGUGACAUCAAGUUCAUUAGUACUUUAUUAUAUAGAUCAGCAUAUUUUUUAUAAUAUUUUCUCGAGCAUGUUAGAAUUAAAGUAGUCCAGGCUUUCUUGCAGUAAUGCCUUUAUGUGCAUAGACUAUAAACCGUGCUAAGCUCUUGAUUGUUUCAUGAAUAUAUUUUGAUUCAGAUUGAUAUUUAUGCAUAAAUUGUAUGUCCAUCCA